AUGGCAACACAAGACCAAGCACACAAUACCAAGUCAAUGGAAGAUGGGGUGUAUCUGGACAUGACAAUCCGGCAUCUAGGAGCAGUAUGCAAGAUGCUGGUGGGAGCAGCAUACACUCAGAGACACAACAAAGAUGAUGGUGGGAACAGCAUAUACUCAGUGACACAACCAAGUGGGAUGGUUUGUAUAUCAGUUCUGAUUUCGCUGUUCCAUGGCAUUGGUUUGCUCCCAGUGGCUCUGGGCUCUCCAGCUACUUUAAUAUUGGUGGCAGAACCUGGUGAUGAUGUCACUCUUUGGUACCAGCAUGAACAGACAACACCAACUUACAUAUCUUGGUUCAAACACACAGACAGUUCUGUGCCAGUUUACAUUUCAUGUCAAUAUUUCAGAAACAAUUCUGCAUCAAGCCACUGUUCUUUUGUCAAUCAAAGUAAACGUACUGUGAUGUCCGUAAACUCCCAGUACACCUCUCUGACAAUAACUGCAGUGAAUCCCACUGAUUCAGGAUUGUAUUAUUGCGGCAUUCGGCGGGGUAGUCAGAUUUCCUUCAGUAAUGCAACAUAUUUACAAGUCAGAGCGCGAAUUGAAACACCUUCCAAGGGCAGUUCAGAAGAAGCUCUCUGGUCUUCAGAUGUCUUCUUCAUGCUGACGGCAGUGUUUACUGGAGUGAUUCUUGUUCUCAUCAGUGUUCUUCUUUUCAUGCUGAAGAAGAAAAAACAACACAGUGAUGAAACUGACUGUAAAGUUGAACAAAAGAAUAAGGAAAAGAAUUCUAGCUACGCUGCUCUAAAGUUUUCGGAUAAGAAAAUCAAGAAAGCAGGAAGACACUCUGAAGUGGAUCCUUAGGUUGUGUAUUCUUCAGUUAGACACUAGCAGUGACAGAACAAAGUGCUUCUUAUCACCACCAUGUAUUUUAUAUAUGCACUUUCUAGUUUUGACAUACACAAACAGUGGACAGUAGGUCUGUAAGUACUGUCAGAAAUUGUGACUGAGCAGUUAAGGUGAUGUAUCGCAACCUGGAUUAACCCAGCGUAAUCAGGGAGUUUGAUGUGACCUUUGCAAGAAUAGAAAGUAAUUUACUAUUAUUCAAGGUGAUUCCCUACACACAGUGAAGAAUAGCAUAUGUAUUUUGCAAGUAUUGUGGGCUGGCAUGUGUUCAAUCUGUAAACAAUUAAAACCCUUUAGCAGAAGUGUAUUUGGACUAUCCCUUUUAAGACUUAAUGUUCAGUUAGUCUUGACUGAUUACAGAAAAUUAUAACAGUAAUAUUAAUGUUUCUUAAAUAGUUUGGGUACCACAGUAUGACACCAUACUGUGGCAUCUUAAUGACCUCAGUGUAAUCAUACCAAAAUAUUUUUAUUGCUACUAUUAAAUACUUGGCACCUUAAAAUCCAGCUAUGUGAAUUUCCUUUUUUUACCAUUUGACUCAUUUUAUAUUAUUGACGUAUAUUAUUAUAUUAUUGACAUGAUAUAGUUUGUUGGUGGUGGUGACUGAUAUGCGAAUAAAUGUGUUCAAAUGCAGUUUGAAUUGUUGUGACUUGCUGUUUCAAUCUUCAGUUCUUUUUUA